AUGGAAAUUUAUGUUAAACAUUUAUCAAUGGCGUCUGAAACGGCUCCGGCGAGCUGUGAAGUUACAAAACUUCUGCGGCAGCUUUGCGGAGGAGACACUGGUGGCAAAAAUGAACGUAUCAGUGGAGCAAAGAACGCGCAAUUACUUUGCGUCAAUGAAGGCAGCCCAAGGAAACCAAGCACGCCACAGUUACUGCGGAUCUUAGAAGAGACAAUCCAGAAGAAAACGCCUAAAGCGCUUUUUCCGAAGCCAACACUAAAACUGCAGGAUGCUGAGAAAUAUCGCAUGUCAUUCAAUAUUCCUGAGAGUGUGAAAGACAAUUUAUUCCAAUAUAGGACUAAAUUUGUCCAACACAUGCUCACGAGCUCAAUGUACGCGAACAGCGCUGUAGGAAAACCGUGGGAGAAGAUUGGCAGCGUGUCCGAGCAAAUAAUUGAUGAGUUGCUGCUCAACUGUGCUAAGGAAAUGGAACUGCCUAAGUUUGUCAAGCAUUUGUAUAAGAGUGAAACGUCU